GACAGGGAGAGAGAGAGCGCGAGAGGAGAGCGAGAGAGCGAGCUGCGAGCUGUGCUGCCGCCGCCGCUGCCCUUUGAUCCCGACAUUAGUGUUAGGGGCUCGGAGACACAGCGCGCGGCCAUAGACACCGCCGCACCGGCGCUCAUUUAUUUAUACCUCCCAUCACACGCGAGCACAGGACACACACACACCUAUUAGAUCCGUUUCCAUUGAAGACUAUUACGCUCGGGGACAAGCCAGGUGCACGACCAAAAAAUUAAAAAAAAAAAAAAAAGGAAAAAAAGAAAGAAAGAAAGGAAAGAAGAGAAGAAAACCCCUCUUCUGGCUCCAGGAAACAAGCUUCAACCCAUUGCACACACCGGAGAGAAGGGGUUUCCCCCUGCCCGCCCCCCAGCUACCUCCCCGCUCCUGCCAGUGUCUGCUGUCUGCCCCCACGGGGGUUUAUUUGAUCUCACAUUAACCGAGGAGGAGAAUGUGAGAAAAGGGGGAAAAUGCCCAGGAGGAAGCAGGAGCAGCCCAAGCGCCUUCCCUCACAUGUUAGUAGGCAGGACGAGGCCGAGGGAGAGUUCAGCGAAGGAGAACACUGGUAUGGGAACUCCUCAGAGACUCCGUCAGAAGCAUCCUAUGGGGAAGUCCAGGAGAACUAUAAGCUGUCCCUGGAGGACCGGAUCCAAGAGCAGUCCACAUCCCCCGACACCUCCCUGGGCAGCGCCACCCCCAGCAGCCACACGCUGGAGCUGGUGGCGCUCGAUGGUGAGGUCCUUCGAGACUCACUGCAGUGUCAAGACCAUCUUUCGCCUGGAGUGUCUUCUGUGUGUGACGAUGACCCACCCAGUUCCAAUAAACCUCUGAGCAGCAACUUGAGGCGGCUGCUGGAGGCCGGGUCCCUUAAACUCGACGCCACGGCCAAUGGCAGGGUGGAGUCCCCUGUGAAUGUCGGCCCCAGUUUGUCAUUUUCCCCGCCCUCCCACCAUGCCCAGCAGCUCAGUGUCCUGGCCAGGAAGCUGGCAGAGAAGCAGGAUCAGAACGACCAAUACUCCCCAAGUAACCGUUUCAUAUGGAAUCAAGGUAAGUGGUUGCCAGACUCAACCACCACCUGUGGCCUGUCCCCAGAUUCGGCCAUCCUCAAACUGAAAGCCGCAGCCAAUGCUGUUCUGCAGGACAAGUCCCUGUCCCGGACAGAGGAGAGCCUGAGGUUUGAGCCCUUCUCCUCCCCCUUCAGCUCCCAGUCUGCCAGCUCCACUUUGGCAGCUUUGUCUAAAAAAGUGAGUGAGAGAAGUCUGACCCCGGGCCAGGAGCACCCACCUCCAGCCAGCUCUUUCCUGUCACUGGCCUCUAUGACCUCCUCUGCAGCCCUUCUGAAAGAAGUGGCCGCCAGGGCCGCGGGCAGCCUCCUGGCUGAGAAGUCAUCCUUACUGCCCGACGACCCUCUACCACUGCCGCCUUCUGAGAAGAAGCCAGAAAAAGUCACCCCACCACCACCACCACCUCCGCCCGCACAGCCUCAAUCCUUGGAAUUAUUGUUACUUCCAGUUUCCAAGGGAAGAGUCUCCAAGCCCUCCAAUUCAGCCCCAGAAGAAGAGAGCGGGAAACCUUUCCAGUGUCCGAUAUGUGGUUUGGUUAUAAAGAGGAAGAGUUACUGGAAGCGGCAUAUGGUGAUUCACACAGGUUUAAAAAGUCACCAGUGUCCGCUCUGUCCAUUCCGGUGUGCUCGCAAGGACAAUCUCAAAUCCCACAUGAAGGUUCAUCAGCACCAGGACCGGGGAGAGACCUUUCAGUGCCAGCUGUGCCCCUUCACUUCCUCACGCCACUUCAGCCUGAAACUGCACAUGCGCUGCCACCAGCACUUCCUGCGGACAGAGGCCAAGGUGAAGGAGGAGAUCCCAGACCCAGAUGUCAAGGGAUCUCCCCACCUCAGUGACAGUGGCUGCCUGGGGCAGCCGAGGGAAGGAGGAGGGACAGAGCUAGUGGGGGCCGUGAUGACGUCCAAUACUCCAGAGAGGACUGGCCAGGGUAGGGCUGGCGUUGCACCUUUGCUGGUGAAGGAGGAGCCCAAGGAAGAUAACGGCCUGCCCGCCUCCUUUACCCCGAAUGCUGCCGACAGGCCCGCCAACCACACAAAGCUGAAAGACCCCACCGAGUAUGUGUCCAACAGUGCGGCAGCAUUGUUCAGCCAGGACAUCUCGGUUAAGAUGGCCUCCGAUUUUCUCAUGAAGCUGUCAGCUGCGAACCAGAAGGAGCCCAUGAAUCUUAAUUUUAAAGUGAAGGAGGAGCCCAAGGAAGAGGAGCCUCUAAGUACGCCUUUGCCUCGGUCCAGCUACGUGUUCAGCCCGGAACCGGAAGUGGCGGCCCCUAGCCUCCCCGAGGACCCGCUGACACCCCAGGAAGGCAAGGGGAACGUGCCGAGGCGGGACAUGUCUGCCAAAGCUGCCUCAGAACUCCUCAUGAAACUCUCAGCGGAAAGCUCCAAGGAAACGCAGGCGGUGAGGGUGAAGGAGGAGCCCAUGGAGGUGGACAUCCAGGACCCCGUCUCCAUGUCACCUGGCCGGAACGUUGGCUACAGCACUUUAAUGGGGCGAGAGAAAACUGAACCCUUACAGAAGCUUCCAGAAGGCAGAGUUCCCCCGGAGAGAAAUCUCUUCAGCCAGGACAUCUCGGUGAAGAUGGCUUCUGAGCUUCUUUUUCAACUCUCAGAAAAAGUGAGCAAAGAACACAAUCACACGAAGGAAAACACCAUCCGGACGACCACCAGCCCUUUCUUUUCAGAAGACACAUUUAGACAAUCACCAUUCACCUCCAAUUCUAAAGACCUGCUGCCCGGAGAAGCCGUGCUGCAUGGAAGAAUACCGGCUGCAGAGACAGAGAAGAUAGUCCUUGAGGCAGGAAAUGGAUUGCCCUCCUGGAAGUUCAGUGACCAGCUCUUUCCGUGCGAUGUGUGUGGGAAAGUUUUCGGCCGACAGCAGACCUUGUCUCGGCACCUCUCGCUGCACACGGAGGAAAGAAAAUACAAAUGCCAUUUGUGCCCCUAUGCUGCUAAGUGCCGUGCAAAUCUGAACCAGCACCUGACCGUGCACUCUGUGAAGCUGGUGAGUACCGACACCGAGGACAUCGUCAGCGCCGUCACCUCUGAAGGCAGUGACGGGAAGAAACACCCUUACUAUUACAGUUGCCAUGUGUGUGGAUUUGAGACGGAGCUCAAUGUCCAGUUUGUAAGCCACAUGUCCCUCCACGUGGACAAGGAGCAGUGGAUGUUUUCCAUUUGCUGCACGGCCUGUGACUUUGUCACCAUGGAGGAAGCAGAGAUAAAGAAUCACAUUGGCACCAAGCACACAGGGGAUGACAGGAAGACCCCCAGUGAAUCAAACAGCCCCUCCUCAUCCUCACUGUCAACUCUGAGUGAUUCAGCCAAUGGCAAAGAUGACUCAGACAGCUCCCAGAAAAACAAGAGUGGGAACAACUUGCUGGUCAUCUCCGUGGUACCUGGGAGCCAGCCCUCCCUGAGCAGCGAGGAAAAGCCAGAGAAAGGGUUCGAAUGCGUUUUUUGCAACUUUGUCUGCAAGACGAAGAAUAUGUUUGAGCGGCAUCUGCAGAUCCACCUCAUCACCCGGAUGUUUGAGUGUGACGUGUGCCACAAGUUCAUGAAGACCCCCGAGCAGCUGCUGGAGCAUAAGAAAUGCCACACUGUCCCCACCGGUGGGCUCAAGUGCCCGUUCUGCAUUUACUCCACCAACCGCCCUGCUGCCAUGGAGUGCCACCUCAAGACCCACUACAAGAUGGAGUACAAGUGCCGGAUCUGCCAGGCAGUGAAGCCCAACCAGCUGGAGCUGGAGACGCACACCCGCGAGCAUCGCCUGGGCAACCACUACAAGUGUGACCAGUGCGGCUACCUGUCUAAGACGGCCAACAAGCUCAUCGAGCAUGUGCGUGUGCACACCGGGGAGCGGCCUUUCCACUGUGACCAGUGCAGCUACAGCUGCAAGCGCAAGGACAAUCUCAAUCUGCACAAGAAGCUGAAGCACGCCCCCCGCCAGACCUUCAGCUGCGGAGAGUGCCUGUUCAAGACCACACACCCCUUUGUCUUCAGCCGCCAUGUGAAGAAGCACCAGAGUGGAGACGGCCCCGAGGAGGACAAGAAAGGCCUGAGUCCAGCCUCCAGAGAGCCAGCUGGCCCCGGAGCCCCACUCCUGCUUGUGGGGGGUGGCCGGAGUCUCCUGUCCCCUCUGUCAGUCAUGUCAGCCUCGCAGGCUCUGCAGACCGUGGCCUUGUCAGCAGCCCACGGCAGCAGCUCGGAGCCCAACCUGGCACUCAAGGCCUUGGCCUUCAACGGCUCCCCGCUGCGUCUGGACAAAUACCGGAACUCGGAUUUUGCCCAUCUCAUUCCCUUGACAAUGCUGUACCCCAAGAGCCACCUGGACCUCACAUUCCACCCUCCCCGACCUCAGACUGCGCCUCCCAGCAUCCCCUCACCCAAACACUCCUUCCUCGCCUACCUUGGACUAAGAGAAAGAGCAGAGACUGUCUGAGGACAGCCAUGGUCUGUACCAAAAACCAAGAGACAGAGACGGGAAAAGACAAAAACCCACAAAACUUAAACACAACCCCAGCAGGUGUAUGUUGCUGCAAAACCUACAGGCCCCAGGGGUCUGGACCAUGUGUACUGUAUAUCUUAGUAAGGAGUAGAAAAUUGGCUCUGUAUGUAUACCUAUUGCAUUGACCUGAAAGCUGCUUUAGCCAAUCUUCAGAGAGGUGUUGCUGCCUCCUUCUACCUUCAGAGGCAUGCCUCCCCAGCCAUCACUCCCACUCUCAGCCCCCCUGAGUACUUCUCUCUGAAAGGAAUUUUGUCAUGUCAAACCCUAAAGAGAGUGUCCUUAAUAGCAAUCAGCACUUGGAGGCUUCUCCACUGGUACAUUGGGUUUUCUGUUGGGUGACUGGGGUGCUGUGGACAUUUGUGGACUGGGAAAGAGGAAGUGUGCGUGUGCGUGUGCGUGUGUGCGUGCGUGUGUGUGUGUGUGUGUGUGUGUGUGUGUACACACACUUGUAUGCAUGCGUGCAUGCGUGCGGUGGCAUGUGUGUGGUAUGGUGUGUGUGUGUGUCUGUGGUGUGUGCCAUGACAUUUCUAUUGCACAUUCUUUUUGUAACGACCUCUUUGACAGUGAUGAACAUUCUUUCUCUCCCUUCCGGAUUGUUCACCCACUACAGUCUCCCCACCUCCUUCUCGGCCUUUCUCUCCUUAGUUUAUCGCUACAGAGUGGUAGGCCCUGGUGCUUAGUGGAUGAAGAUCUGCAGGGUGCCGGGAUAUUCCCAGGCUCGAAGCCUGGAGCUCACAUCUCUAAGCUAAGAAAGAUGGAGAGAGCCAGGUAACAGUUCUGUUAAGAAAUGUCUCACAGCCCCGCAGCUGACAUCACAAAACUUGGGUGUUCUGUGUGUGUGCCCACAUGGAGACAAGGUCUUUGGUGAAUGCACGCAUGCACGCACACACACACACAAACACACACACACACACACCACACACAGACAGGGAGGGGGAGCGCAUCCUUUUUAAAGGGCAGAUUAUGUGUGUGUGAUGUAUUGAUUCAGUUGCUAUCAUUGUUUGCAGGAAAAAAAUUGUAUGAGUGGAAAUUUUUAUGGUUGAUAAAUCCAGCCGAGGAGAUUAAAGGGGUUUGGAUCGAUUCUGGGUGUAAAUGCUCAGACUAAAAAGAAAUGGCAGCUUUGCACAGGGUGUGAGCCUUGCACUAGUUUUGUUUCUCAUUGGGGAGAAAGGAAUAAGUAAAGAAAAGGAAGGAACUGUACCUUUUUUAUGGAAGGAGUAGACUGUAUGUUUGAGAUUUAGCCACGACCUCUUGACGUAUAAGGAAGGACACAACAAAAGGUGCUCUUAGUCCUGUGCCUCACCGACGCCCCAGGAGUCCCCUCCGUUGGCAGAGCCUCUGGCUAGAGUAACCUCCAUGUAUUAGUGACCCCAUAUCCGUUCUGUUAGCGCCUAGUGGAUGUAGCCCUGCUAGGAGGCUGACUUGAUACUUAUUUAAAGCUCUUACUUUACGGUCAUUAAAAUGGCAGUGUAUCGCAGCACUUUACUGCAGCAAGAAGCAGGUGUGAAUUGGUUGCAUAGCCCUUUGCUUAUCUUAAAAAGUAACGGAUGAUUUAAAAAGGAAAAGAAAAUCUUUGGCUGAAUAUGUUCACUGCUUGUAUUUGUAAGACAGCAGAAUUUCCAGUAUGCAACAGGUUGAAAGAGCAGGAAGAAAUGUGCUUUGUAUGAAAAUGAGAAGUUUGGAAUAUGAAAGUUUCUCUGUUAUUUUUCGGAGGAAGAACUGGUGUCCAGGAGGAAUGCUUUCUCACUGUUGCUCUUCCCCUCACUGUAUUAUCCUCGGGUGGGACAGUGCCCACUUUCCUUGUUCCUUACUUUAACUAGGGGGAAUGAAAGCAUCCUGAUCUCUUCCUCUAGGCGGGAUUGCUUCACUGAUUAGUGCAGUUGGACGGAAAGCCAGAAGACUGUACAUCUCCACAGCAUUGGCUCCCCUUCCCCUCUCAGCCUCCCUCUCGCAAACCUAGCAGGUCUCUUUCCCUCCCCGCCCCGUCGUCCAGCCAUAGGUGAGGAGCCUGAUUAGGACCCUGGCAAAACAAGUUUACACUACGGAGAUGUCCACAAAGGCAAGGAGACCAACCAGCUAGCCCAGGAAGGCCCCAGAGCCUCAGUCGAUCUCCUGCAGAGACCUUUGCUCUUGGCCUUGUGUGAAAUGCUGUUCAACUCGCCAUGUCGAUAUCUCGGUAAAAGACACUCUAGACACCUCUGGACAAUAUGCCCCCAAGGCUACUGGGUUUAUGGGUGGGUUUGUUGUUUUUUUAUUUGCUUUUGUUUUUUGUUUUAAAGUCAUGUUUUUAUCCCCAUUUAAUGGAGAAUGUGCCACUUGGCUAAUAAUGUGUUUUCAAAACUGCAGGUUCAGUGUCAGCAGUACAGGGCCACAGUGGCCCCCCGGAGGUGGGCAGAAAGGCGACUCCCACAGAAGCACCCACAGGUUAAGAACCUGAGUGGGUGACCCUGAAAACGCGGACCCUGGGUUUUACAGCAUGCCACUUGUGCAAUAAGAGGUCUUCGGGUGGGAGCUUGGGAGAGCGAAGGGGGAGGUGGAUGGAGGCGUUUCUGCUCAGAUGACAUGCCUCUCACUGCUUGCCACUGACCCUGUGUUUGAAUGACUUAGUAAUGCUUAAUGUAAUUGGGCAACUUUUUUAGCACUUUGGGAAGAGUCAUCAAUCUUUCUGGUAAAUUAUAAAGUUUUCUGAGUGAGAAAACGUGUGUUUGCAGUUUGUUUGACUUUUUAUAUUAUUGUUGUUAUUAAUAAAGAAGAAAAUCUACAGCAUUUUUCAGAAUCCACCUAGAUAAAAUGUGCCCCUGAAUCUGGUUUGCUGAUUGAUACCCAGGGAAGGAUGUAUUCCGUAGACAUCCUUCCCGUGAAAAACACUAACACCUUUGAGACACUUGCCUAGCAGCUGACUUUAGUUCGGCUUUCACUCUGCAUUCUCCCAUGGAAGCUGGCCCGCUUUUCCAUAGAGUGAUGCAGUUAGGGUCCUCAGCACUUUCCUCUCCUUUUUUUUUUUUUUUUAAACUCCUCAUAUUAUGUUCAGAUGAUCAUACUGUCAAGGUUUGUGUACAUGACUGAGAUUUGUAUUGUAUAAAGCUUUUGCAUUCAAGGCUGUACAGGGUCAUUUUGACAGUAACUGGUAUUCUCCUUUGCAUCUUACGUUGCAUUGCCGAUUUCUAGUGUAUCCAGUUUGGAAGUAUAAUAUACUCUAAUUAAAAAAGGUUGGCUAUACUCUGGCUUCUUUUUCUUUCUUGUUGCCAUCCUUGACUGCUUGUGAAGCCUCAGAGUUUUGUUCAUCUUUCUUUGUCCUGUUGUUUUCUUUUCACUGUGUUCCAGGUUUCCUGAAAUUCCUGUCCUAGCUAUAACUGUUGCAAAGUGCAGCAAAUUUUCAUCAGCUGGGCUUAUAAACAUGGCUACCGGCAAGUCAACAACAUCUGUUAAGACCGAGAGCCUGACGUGUCUUGCAGGACCACAGCAUCUGGCUCCUUCCUGGACGUGUUUUUAGGAAUGUUUCCAAGUGUUCAGCAUCUUUACUUAUCUUCUCCUGCCUGAAGUCAUCUUAUUGACCUCAUAGCCAAAGGGAGUAAACAUGCAGAUGAAUCCAUUUGUCUUAGUAAAGUUCAGCAAAUAGGAGUUUUUAAUGAGGGGGGAAUAGUAUAUUCUUCAAGCUAAACAUAUUCUACAUCAGAGCAAGGAGUCAUGGUUUGUCAAUCAAGGAAAAAUGCCAGAGAAAAUACCUAAGACCAAAAAAGGAGAUAAAAAUCUUAGUGACUACCAAAAAUAAUUUUUAAAAUUCAUUUUAAAGUUCCAUCCUUUAAAGACUUUCCUGUGAAUCCAUGGCAAUUGAUAAAAAUAUGUAAAACGGAUGAGAAUGUUUGGCCUGGCUCUCAACUUGCAUGCUUAUAAAUAUAAUAUCCUUUGCUUAUUUCAAAAUGUGAGCCACUUUAAUCUAACAUUUAAAGUGAGUCAAUAUAUUCCUAAAUUGUGGUACUGUAGAAGAAGCCAUUGUGUAAAUGAAUCAGCCACUAAUCAUUUCUAUCUUCAUUUUUAUUCAAUAAGUACUUCUAAGUGAAGGCAUAUUCUUUUAUGUGACCCACAGCUUUGUUUAGGGGUGUCUAGGCCUUUCUGAAAAGUAUUAAGAUUAAUAGACUCCUUGGUUAGCACUCCGAGCACUAGCAGCUUCCCAUUUGGUGCACACUUUUUUUGUUGAUUUUGUUUUCUUUUGUUCCUAGACACGGUAGUUUCCAUAUCUAUCCCCUGUCAUUGAGAACAGGCAGCAAUGGACAGAAAUCAUUUGUCAGUUUGGAAAUCAUUUCCCUGAGAUGAGCUUCCACUGAACGUAAGGAAUGAUCUGAGAACAGAGUUUUUCAAGACAGAAGACGUCUGCAUUUACGGACUGGCCAACUCCAAGUCAGCCACCCUGCUGACAUUUAAUCAUAGAUACAUAGAUGUGCCACGCAAUAAGUAUCUUUUAAGCCUGGACUCAUGUCCAUGAGUUCUGAGUCUGUGGUUGAUGGCUCACUUCAUGCCUACCACCACGUAUACCUGACCAUUAAUCAGAGGCUUGGGUCACUGGGGAACGGGGAAAUACUAAGGUUUGGUGAACAUGGGUAUCAUGCUAGAAUUCUACCCCAGUUCUGAGUGCUGACGGAUAACAUGAUCAGCUUAAAGGGAGAGGCACACCUCGUCAGGCCUUUCGAUGCUCUCAGUGGUGAGGACGGAGGGCCUGGAGGACUCAGCAUACAUACAUAAGGAGAGGGUGGCCACCACAGGUCUUCAUCUGUGCUUCCGGCUGACAGAAUGUCAAACUGAGUCUUUCCCAAAUGCAGCUUAGAGCUGGCGAGUGAAGUCCCGUGGUAAAGGAGUACCCUGAGACGUUCAGACCUCAUCUCAAAGGACCAUCAAUUACAGACAUUCAGGUCACUCUGCUGCCAGCUUUCUCAACUGCACCAGAUCCCCUCAGCACACAAGAGGGAGGCCUCCUCAAAGUGGGGUUUAUUUUGUGAAGCAUCACUUUAAUCAAGCAGGCAGAGGUCCUGGGUCUAGUGACAUGUGGGGGGGGAGCUGCUACCUAAGAAAGCCCAUCCUCCCUGUUCACAACCUGAGUGAUCUCAAAUUAUCCAUCAAGACCUCAGCUACUUCUCAGGAAGUUAUAGAUCUCUCAUUCAUAACUCUUAAAGAGUUGGAUCUGCAAACUGAACAGCACAUCAGGUGCUUAGGUUGGUAGAAAAUACAAAAAGAGGAAGAAAGCCAAUGGCCAUAUUCUCUUGGAACUCCUUUUUGAAAUGACUAAGUAUUAUUUAGUUCUCAGGUUUCAAUAGACCAAGAGCAGAGAGUCUACUUAAUUCCUCUUUCAAAAUAAAUCCCCCUAUGCCAGAUGGGUUUCUACCCAUUUGGCAGGACGUGUCUGGUCAUGAGUGACUUCUAACCAGGAGAGACACUGCUGUGAAGCUGAGGCCUGGUUCAGCCGAUGCAGUUAUUACAUAAUGCUAAGCAUCUCGGAAGAAGAGGUUGAGGGCCAGAAAGACGGUUCUGUGGCUAAUGGGCUUGCCUGGCAAAUGUGAGGAGCCGGGUUUGAAUUCCCUGAACAUAAAGUGGGUGUGAUAAUACAUGCCUGUGAUCUCAAUCCUCUCACAGGAGGUGGAGACAAAAAUCUCCAGAAGCAGGGGCCAGCUAGACUGGCAUGUGCAGUGGAGAACAGGAGGCCUUACCUCAAAACAAAAACCAAUGCCCAAAGCUGCCCUCUGACUACUGCCCCUCCACACAUACACACAAAAGAGGCUGAACUAGCUGCUAAGACCCCUCUUCAUCCUAACAUAUUGCAAAUAAUAAAGCAUGAUUCUGUGGCUCUUUCUAAACACUAAAAAGUCAUUGCAAGACAGAAUUCUUGCAAGGCAAUCAUAAAGAAAGUAUAUCAGCACCUCUGUUCUCAAGCCACAGUGGGCUCAGGGAUGAAAAAAAAAAUGACUAAAAAUAUUUUUCUACCCAUUCCAGAGUUUGAGUUGUCUGACAUUGUUCUCUUUGAAUUAAAACUAAAUCACCAGGCUUUGACUGCCUGAGUCACGGUGAGGGUGACUUGAACAUGCUUUACCAACCUGUGGUUGCUUCAUCUGGUUAGAGUUAGAAAAAAGACGCGUGGGGUGUCAAGACCUUACCCUGCCUCCCUCCCUCCCUCCCUCCAACUCUUCCCACCACCCUGCUGCUCUGUCUCCUUCUGAUGACGAAUGGGGUAGCUGAGCUCCCUGCCAAGAGCGGUUCAUGUUUUCUGUAAGAGAAUAAAUGUCUUAGCAGGUGUCACCAAAGUCAUUUUAAUUUUAGCAUAAUGAAUUGCUAAAUAUUAUGAUAUGCCCACUUUUUCAAGACUCUCACUCCAUGAACUGUAGGCACAUUAGGAAAACUAGCUCGUAGACACAUCCUGUGUGCUUAUAGGGCAGUGAUAUCACAAUAUAUGUACACAUACCCAGCUAGGACCACAUCUGUAGGGCUCUUUCCAGAUCAUCCCCAAAAGACGAGUUUCUCCAAAUUCAAAGGAAGCCUAGAAAAGCAGCAGCCAUUAUCUGGCUCCCAUCUCGAACGGUUUUUAUUCUAACUGUAAUUCCUAGUUAACAAUCCAUAGCCAUUGCAGUGUGGGCUAUACAGGCCAGGAAGGCACUCUUCUUACUUCUCCCUUCCAAGCAGAAUGUCUGCUAGAACGUUCUCCAUGCAAUGAGUCUGUCCAGAAUACAGGUAUAGCAGAUAUCGCCAUCUAUCUACCUAUUGGCCUGCCAGCUAGCUGUCUUCUCUCUAGGGUCUGUCUACCCACAUAUUUAUGUUAUCUAUCGAUCUAGCUACAUCUAUUAUCUUUUCUCUAGAUCGACAUACCUGUUUAUCUGUCCCUAUUACCUACCUGUAAUUUAGCUUUAUACAACUGUAUUUUCUGGAUUCUAAUAAAGCCCUGAGAAAAAGA